UUGAAAUUAUUACAUAUUUCUUUUCUUUCCAAUAUUAGUAGUAUGGGGAAAGUUGUUAAUAUUUUGACGUUAUUUGAUAAUAAUCAAAACUACGCUAAAAUAGCAACAUACAUCCGAUAUCCAACAUCAGUUAGAAUACACCCAGUAUUAAAAUCAAGCACUGCAUUAUCUUCUACUAUUCAAUUAAAUAACUGUACAACCAUGAAGCCUAUAGGAUCACCAUUUUUUAAUCUCAUUAAACCGUUUAGCACGACGAUGGUACGUUUAGAUGAUGAAAAACCUCAUGAUCACGCUAAACUCUGGAUUAUUGAAAAGGGAACUGCUGCUGUUAUGUUAGUGCUUAUACCGUUUGGACUGUUGAUUCCCAAUAAACUUUUUGACUCUAUUUUGGCAAUUCUUAUAACAGCUCAUGCCUAUUGGGGGAUGGAAGCUAUCAUGGUGGAGUAUGUGCGAGUAUUGUUAUUCGGUCCAACGAUUCCGAAAGUUGCCUUGGGUGUUGUUUAUGCACUGACUGUCCUUAUGCUGGGAGGUUUAUUUUACCUUAUCUUCAAUGACAUUGGGAUGUGCAGAGCAUUCUGGAGAAUUUGGAGGAACAUGAGAAAAUCGAAAGAUGCUCCCCAAACUCCCAGCGGUGGAAAAUCUUGUUAA